AUGUCAGAAAACUUGGAUUCACAAUCGACAGUUGUUGAAACUGUAUCGGAUAUUUGUGAUGAAUAUGGACUGAUGAUGGAUGAUUUUAUUCAAAGUUUGAACGUUAACAAAGGUAUUUUCCAAAGUAAAAAUUCGUUAUUUUGGUGCAAUGAUUUAUCUUCCAAUAUUUGGCAUUUUCAUGAUAGAGUUUCAAUUAAUAAUAAAGGUUCAUUAUCGUAUCAUAUUAAUUCUAAAUACGUAGAUACUGAAGAUGAAAAAGAAAGAGAAAAUGAAGGGUAUAUAUUGCAAAAUUUACAAAAUUGUAAAAUUAAACUUAUUAAAGAUUCCUCUUCACCCACUACUACUCUAUUGUUGAGUGUCAAAGUAGAGAAUCAAACUGUUUAUAUCAAGGCAAACAAUAUUAACGAAUUCCAAGAUCUGCUUGCUUGUUUGUUCUGGUGGUCUUCAUUUGCAGGUCGUGGGAUCUUCAAUAAGAUAUCAUUGCAAAAAAUUGAUAAAAAUAUAAUACAAGAAUCACGAGACAUUGGCAUUUUAGAAUAUCAAUUCGAUAUUUUCACUUAUAUUCCAACCAGUGACGAAAAUAUUAUUUACAAUGAUGUCAUUCCUUUCCCUAAUUGUUGGAAAAACGUCUCAAAUAAACAAGAAUAUUGGUUCUCUGCUAAAGGUGUUCUUUCUUCCAAUGGUAUUUUAAAAAUUAAAAAUAUCGAUAACGAUAACAUAAUAUAUACAUUGGAUAUAAAACAAUUAUUGAGAUCGGAAAUUCGUUACGUGGAUCCUUCAUUGCUGAAGCACUCCCCUGAAAGUAAACAUUGUUUAUUUGUUGGGUUACUACCAAAGUUAAGAAACGAAUUAAGGUAUACUGGGAAUAAUUUACAUUUUUCUAAUGAUAUUGAAAAUUUAAUAAUUAAAUUUGAUUCUAAAUGUAGUUUAGAAAAUUGGUAUUUGGCUUUAAAAAUGUUUACCAUUAAUGAGGUGUUAUCAAUUAAAAAUAUUGAUAAAUCAAACCAAUUAAGAAUUUCAAAUAGAUUUAUGCUUUCCAUAAUAGAAGCUGAAAUCACAAGUAAUAACAGAGACAAUAAUAUAAAUAAUAGUGGGUUUUAUGCCGAGGUAAUAUGCUGGGACCAUAUCUGGAAUAGAACUUUCACUAUUUACAACACAUCUUCCCCAUUUUGGCGGGAAGAAUUCCAUUUUGAUGAAUCCGUACCAUUGAAUAAGUUACCAUUCGUUAUAAGAAAGAGACCUAUUGAAAACAUGAUUAUUUACGGAAAUUCUUUAGAUGACUUCAUAAUUGGUAGAAUUGAUAUCAACCAAGAAACGAUGAAUGAUCCUAAAUUAAAUCAAUCUUUAAUUAGAUUACCAAUAUUUUCCACUGAAAAUUCCAACAUAGAAGUCGGAACUUUGUGCGUAAAAAUCUCAUCUAGUAUGAAUUUAAUUCUACCACCUGUCAAUUUUAAGAAGUUUGAAAAAAUAUUAAGGGAACUGCCUUUGCCUAAAAUUGCUGACAUCGCAUACAGUGACACUAUCUGUUCUAACUUAAGAUUAGAAGAUGUUUCAGAAAUUUUACUUGAUUUUUUUCAAUCAUACAAUAGAGAGGAUGACUGGUUUGUCACUCUAUUGAACAAGGAGUUAUUGGAUUUAAAUAAGAAGUCGUCUGAAUCUCUCGAAAAUGGGUCAGGAUCUAACCACAUUUUAAAUUCAAUUUUUAGAAGCAAUUCAAUUCUAACAAAAUCAUUGGAAAGAUACUUUUAUAGAAUUGGUGAAGAAUAUCUAAAUGCUGCAAUUGGGGAUAUAUUAAGAGAAAUUGUAAUUAGUGAUGAUUAUUGUGAAAUCGAUGCUAGUAAAAUUAACAUUAAUGAUAACAUUAAACUCACAGAGAUUUUAGAAGAAAACAGAUUGAAACUGAUAGGCUGGGUUACCAAAAUAUGGAAUGCAAUUUAUACAACUAAUAGUGAUUUACCAUUUUUAAUCAAAUCUCAACUUAAAAACCUAAGGAAGAAACUUGACUUAAUUUAUCCAGACAGAAAUGAAGAAAUGGACAGAAUAAUUUUAAAGAGUGUAUCUAGCAUUCUGUUUUUGAGAUUUUUUUGUCCAGUUAUUUUAAAUCCUAAGUUAUUCAAUUUUAUCGAAACUUUACCGAAUGAAAAUACAAGAAGAACAUUUACACUGAUAACAAAAACCUUAUUAAAUCUAUCAACACUUACUAGAUUUGAAACCAAAGAACCUUGGAUGCGUCCAAUGAACGAAUUUAUAGAUGCACAUCGAGAAGAAAUGUUAGAUUAUGUCGAUAAGGCAACUUUGAAACAUCUCGACUUUACUCCAAAAGUUCUAAACUUAAAGGAUCCAACUGCUAAUAAAUUAGAUUUUAAUAUCAAUAAUGAUUACCUUUUAAGCAUCAUCAACAGUUUGCCAACUAAUCCAUAUCGUAUUGAUAGAUAUCUAAGAGUUAGUGAAUUCAUUAUUAUUUUGACAGCUUAUAUUAAGCAGAGAGAUGAAGGCGUUCCAAUGAUAAAAAAUAUUAAUAUGAAUGACGUUACAAAGAUAUUUUCUAAAUAUUCUAUUGCAGAAGUAAUAGAAUCCAAUAAACCUGAUAUUGGCGAAUUGUCAUUCGAAAAAAUCACAGAG